ACCAGUUGGUAUCUGGUCUAUCACUUCCGUACCGUCCGACCGACUCUAUCGCGUCGUCCGGCACUCUCGAAUUGCACUUCCAGCGCACAGUCCACCGUCGGCCAGAGAAGAACAAGCAAGAAACCUGCAGCAUCAUGUCCUUCCGCGCGCCCGUACAGGCCCGUGGUGGUGGUUACGGUCUCGACGCCGAGCUAGCGCGCAAGGCAGCCGAGCGUUACGACUACGACAUGGAGAACGAGGCUCGCGUUUGGCUCGAGACCAUCUCGGAGAUGCAGAUCGGCGAUGACUUCGGUGAGGGUCUGCGAGACGGCGUAAUCCUCUGCACCACAGCCAACAAGAUCCACCGAGAUGUGGUGAAGCGCGUGGAGACCAAGUCCAAGAUGCCCUUUAAGCUCAUGGAGAAUGUGUCCGCCUUCCUCAAGGCCUGCCGCAUUAUGGGAGUCAACGAGUUCGACCUGUUCGAGACCGUGGACCUAUUCGAGCUUAAGGAUCUGGGUAACGUUGUGCGCUGUAUCUUCGCACUGGGUCGGGCUGUACAGCGCAAUUACCCGGACUUCACGGGCCCCACGCUCGGCGUCAAGGAGAGCAUCAAGAACCAGCGCUCCUUCACCUCCGACCAGCUCGCCGGCGGCAAGAACAUCCCAGCGCAGCAGACGCUCGGCAGCUUCCGCACUAUGAAGCGCCAGACCACGUCCUACUCGAACAACGUCAUGCUCGGUGCGGACGCCGCUCAGAGCGCGUACCGUGCACCGCCUCCUCCUCCACCUCCGUCGGCCGAGAAGAUCGAGCAGCUGUCUCGCUUCCGCAAGGCAGAUCAGCUGACGACGUUUGACUCGCAGCCUGACGGUGAAAUUUCGCCUACGAAGCACGCGCCAACGAAGGCGGAAGUUGAAGCAGCGGUGGCUGAGCUUACCGACGAUGUGGACAAGACGACUCUGGACGACACGAAGGUUGCUUCGUCCAUUCCAGGCUUGAACAGCGUGACUACCAGCUCUGGACCUACAGCAGAGGAAGAGGCCCAGGAAUGGAUUGAGGCUGUGUUGGGCGAAAAGUUCUUGGCGAGCUUUGGUGACAGCUUGAAGGAUGGAGUGAUGCUGUGCUCGCUGAUGAACAAGAUCAAGCCUGGCCUGAUCCCGCGCAUCCAAACGUCGUCCAUGCCUUUCAAGCAGAUGGAGAACGUGAGUGCCUUUGUACGUGCAUGCCGUUCCAUUGGCGUGGCGGAGUUUGAUCUGUUCGAGACGGUUGAUCUGUACAACCAGAAAAACUUGGGACAGGUGGUGCAGUGCAUCCACGCGCUGGGCCGCACGAUCCAGAAGACGAUGCCCGAGUACAAUGGUCCGCUCCUUGGCGUGAAGGAGUCCACCGUGAACCCUCGUCAGUUUUCAGAGGCUCAGCUUCGCGAGGCUGCGGCAGCCGUGCCAGUGCUAGCAAACGCCAGUCAAUCGUUGAUGGAGCGUCUUCCCUUUGAUCACUCUGCGUCGAUCACCUACCGCUACGACACGGCCGCCAAUGCUGCUGCUGUUGCUGACAAGGCGAACAGCGAGAAGAAGUCACCGAAGCCUGAACCGAAGACUGUUGAGCCGGAAGUCCAGCCGGAGACUCCUGUACAGCCUCAGCCCGCAGAGGCUGAAGUGGCAUCUGCUCCUGAACCGGAGAAAAAGGAAGCUGAAGCUGCGCCGUCUGCAGAGGUGAAGGAAGAGGCAGCUAAAUCGCAGGGACCUAGCUGGCUAACGCAGCGAGUGGCGUCCCUGAACUCGGUGAGCUCUGGAAACGCUGCGAAGCCGCACCUACCUGUCGGAGGCUCCUCUUCCGUGCUACCGACGCGUACUAUCUGGAGCUAAGUGGCUACUCGCAAGUUGUCACACAAGAGCUUUAGCGAUGACUAAUGGAGAGAUUACUGCGUUUAUGCGUGUGUAAGAUAUUCGACGACAGUUCACGGUGUGUUACAUCCUUCCUUAAUGAACCCUUUGCUGCCGUCAUUCGAGUGCU